CCGCCGACUGCGCCUUCGCACUAUUGCCUAUAUAAACAGAGCAUGACCAAGCUCCCUUCCAUCGUUUCAUGAAAACACAAUAGAACCAAAUCCUUCUCACGCUACAGUUGUACCUAUCUAUCUCUCAUUCUAGAAAGCACGCCCUUCCGCCUCCAAUUUACCACCAUCACCGCCAUCAUGCAGUUCUCCCUGUUUCUGUCCACUGCCCUCACGGUCGCCGUUUCCGCCGCCCCGGCCUUAGCCCUCCCCGCCGCCAGCUUCAACAACACCCGGGUAAUCCAACUCCGCCUGUGGGGGGAGCCCGACUGCGCGACCCUGAAUCUGGGCGAACUGGGCAUCUACGGCUCGCAACUCAACCAAUGCUCGUCCUUGACCUUCGGCGAUGACAUCACCCAGUCCGUCAGCUUCGAAGGAAACGCUGAUGGCUGCGGCAUCCAAAUCUUCGACAGUGAUGAUUGUACCACCGGUCAGCACGAUCCCACCGUGGGACAAUGCCUCAGCGGCACUGCCGCGGGCUUGUUGAGCUACAAGAUGGUGUGCUAGGCUUCUUCCCUUCCAGAGGGGAGUUUUGGCUUUGCGGCGGGGAUGCAACCUGUCACACUCUCGUGUCCCACCCUGAUUAUGGAUAUAUGAUGGACUAUACGACGGC